UGGAGUGACCUGCGUGUUCCCCAUCGAUCUGGCGAAGACCAGACUGCAGAACCAGAGAAGUGGCCACCAAGUCUACAAGAGCAUGAUGGACUGCCUCAUCAAAACGGUCCGGUCUGAAGGCUACUUUGGGAUGUACAGAGACGUGGGUCCCCGCGGAUAUUGAAGGCUAGCCGAUUAGGCGCAGCCACGAUGGAGGCAAAUCAUUUAAUGGUCCUUACCGAACCAUUUUGUUGUAACUAGGCUUCAUUUGUUUGCAUUCAUUGUUUUUGUACAGCUCUGUUUUUGUUCUCUUGUUUUUUGUUUUUACCUCUUAGCCAGUGACCAUCUGUCCUGCUCUCUUCUGUCACUGUCCACUAAUCUUUUCUUAUACGUGUGGUAACUUUUACUUUUGUGACUUUGUUCUGUGCAGUAAGAGCUAUGAUUGACAAGGCACUUACUUUCUCAUGUACGUUGCUGUUUUAAUCCUUCCCAAACCGGUUUUCGAAACUGCUCUGUUACCUAGUGGUACCAUUUUUAUUCAAAGUGUUCUUUUCUCUGGAUUGCCACUUUGCACUCGUUUUCUCCUGCUCCUAAUCUUUUGUGUGAGAAUUCCUCCUUUCUUCCAUCUGAAUUUUAGUUUUAUUUUCCACUGAUUCUUUUUUUUUUUGUCUUGUAAUGUAGAUAUGUACAAACCCCCCCUCCACAAUCAGACCAGCAGUUGUUUGAGAGUUUUAAACACAUUAUUGGGCGGCCAUUUUGUUUCGGCAUAGCAGUAAAUUGGCAGAUACGUUUGAUGGUGAAGGGGGGGUUCAGUGUGUCUGGAACAGUGCCUCUCAGUUCCGGCUCACUCGGCUAAUUUUUCCGAUGUUUAUUUUAGGCGCUGCAGUCAACCUGACGCUGGUUACCCCGGAGAAGGCCAUCAAGCUCGCUGCCAACGACUUCUUCCGUCACCACCUCAGCAAAGACGGGAAGGGGCUGACGGUGGUUAAAGAAAUGCUGGCUGGGUGCGGAGCGGGCAUGUGCCAGGUCAUAAUAACCACUCCUAUGGAGAUGCUCAAGAUCCAGCUACAGGAUGCCGGGAGGCUGGCGGCCCAGCAGAGGAAGCUGGUGGUCAUGCCCUCGGCCAAGCUGGUCUCGGCCAACACCGUGCUGAGCCGCUCGUACAACGCCGGGGCCGCCUCGGUGGUGCGGAAGGUGUCGGCCACUCAGAUCGCCGGGGAGCUGCUGCACAAGCACGGCAUCCAGGGGCUCUACAAGGGCCUGGGGGCCACCAUCAUGAGGGACGUGCCCUUCUCAGUGGUCUACUUCCCCCUGUUUGCCCACAUGAACCGCCUGGGCCAGCCCUCCCCCUCUGAGAACGCCCCUUUCUAUUGGUCCUUCCUCUCGGGAUGCAUGGCGGGAUCCACUGCUGCCGUGGCAGUAAACCCCUGUGACGUUGUCAAGACGAGGCUGCAGUCCUUGAGCAAAGGGGUGAACGAGGAGAGCUACAACGGAGUGGUGGACUGUGUCAGUAAGAUCAUGCGGAAGGAGGGCCCCACCGCAUUCCUGAAGGGGGCCGGCUGCAGGGCCCUGGUCAUCGCCCCGCUCUUCGGCAUCGCGCAGGUCAUGUACUUGGUGGGAGUGGGGGAGUUCAUCCUGGGCUACACGCCCUUCAACCUGUACUCCGCCUAAAUUUUACCCCGGCCCCCGCCCGACCAACCCCGGAAGGGAGCGGCGGGACCGCGGAAACCAAAGGACUGCGGCAGCUACACCUCACUACGCGCGCGUUCUCCUGAAAACGGCCGCCGACACCAACGGGUGGCGGAAUGUCGGAGGCGACCCCGGGGCGCCACGUCGGGCGAAAUCCAAGAUUCCCGCUCGACGCGUCCGGGCAGGCGGUCGCUUCGCCACGCCCGUCGCCUCCCACGCGCGUCACCGCGUCGUCUGGCAGGCCGUAGAAUCGUUGCACUUGUUUAAACGUGGUUCCCGAGGCCCGCGGAGACGACGUGUCUAUGUCCGGCCGAAGGUCCCUAUGAAGUUUUCUUUUCCCCUCAAUGAGGGAGGAAGGUCUCUAGCACUGUUGGCCUCGUCGGCCGAAAACAAGACGUCAGACCGCCAUUACAUUCCAAACCAGUCUCUCUCUCCCUCUGCUCCGAGGUCUUGAUAAGGUCAGGCCAUCACCGAUCCCCGUCACUGUAGCUGCAAGGGGAGUGAGGUUUGGAAUAAAACCAGUUUCUGGCCCUACUUAUCUUUAUUUAUUUUUAAAGCCACAGUUGAGGUGAGAAACGAUCGACACUGAAAAUGCUUCUGCAUUCUUUGAAAGGAUGAGACCUUUUUUGUGGCAUUUCGUUCACUUGCAUACGUUUUGUAUGUAUAUAUUUUAAUACUGAAUAAUAAACCGUUGUAUUUAACUUGUUAGACAAACCACCGUUUAAACCUUAGAAUUUCAAAUGCAACCGCUAUACGUAUACUUGAAUAGUUUGGCUCAAAGGAUACUCUCGUAGUAGCUGAAGGGCUCACCCAAGUUAAAUGGUUGCUGAAAUACAAACAAAGGCUGAAAAUGAAGUUAAUACUGUCACUCCUGUGAUUUCAUUCCUAGAAGAAAAGUGCCAUUGUGGCAGCCUAUGAAGGCUAACUUGAGCAGUUUUGUAUUUGUAGAAAGCUGUCACACAUGGGCCCUGUCACUGUGUUGGUCUGAGAAAGGGGGACCAAGCUGAUUUUGGGUAAGGGUGUUGCAGGUCUGCAGGUUAAUCAGCUGUGUGUUUAGACCUCAAACUCAGCUGUAUGGACUCUAGUAAAAUCACUGACGUAGGUUGGUUGACUCUUGACACCCCUGGUUUUAGGAUAUUGCACUUUCUUUCUUUUUUGAAGAUCACAUCCAUUAUGCAAGGCUCCCAUCUAUUUCACCAGUCUAGUUUGGACCUGCUGAGUGUUGGCUUUAUGCAAUAUUUAUUUCAGGGGCCAAUUUCUAAAUGAUGUUCAUUUUUUUUUUUUUUUUAUGCUGUGGAAGUCCAAACGAUUUCGUGAUACCCCAUCGAAAUGAACAAGAAUAUUUCUUGGAAUAGAUCAGAUUGUUGUAGUAAUCGUAGAGGGCUGGUGUGAGUGGCUGGUUGGUUUAACAGCCAAUUUUUCAAGACUUGAAGUUUAUUCAGUGGUUAAGAUAAUAAUGACUGAGGUGUGCAUUUCCUAUUUGCAUUUGUGCCUGGAACACAAGCUGUGGUUGCCCAACCACAUUGUAAAGUUUCCCAGAACCACUUGCAGCACAGGAACCUGACAUUGCUGCAGUGAAGGAAAACUAGCUGUGGAAAUGGGUGAAAGAGAAGCCAGAAUAACACUGGGACGUCAGAUAAAAAAUAUUUUUAAUAACAUUCAUGUAACUAAUUGUCUUGGAAAUUCAGGUUUAUUAGAGCUUUAAAAAAAAUAAAAAAAUAAAAAUUCAGAGAAUCUAGAGUUGAUGUUCCUUGUCUUGAGGGGACUAGUGACAAAAUUGGUGUUUCUCUCUGGCUUCUACCACACAUACAGAAAAGGUUGGGUUGUGUAAAAAAUGUGUGUUUUUUUUUCUGUGUUUGUCUCUCUUUUUGUAUGUAUAUAUAAAACAAAGUAUACUGAAUAAAAUUCAAUCCUGAAGUUGUGUCCACUUCAUGAAAAGUAA